AUGUGGUCGCCCGUCACAACCAACAAGUUCACCGGACCACCCGGGGUGCGUGCCGAGUUCGGGAAAAGUCAUCAUCAUUCCUGGUGCUGCCAGUGGCAUUGGAUACGAGCAACAGCUCUGAAGCUGGCAUCGCUAGGUGCUACAUUGGCUCUAUGCGACAUCAGUGAGCAUGGUCUGAGCGGAGUAAUGACGGAGUUGGCAAGUGAAAUUGAGCAUCGAUCCUACACAUUCUCUGUCGGCUCAAGCGCAGAUUGCAAUGAGGCCGUGGCAUCCAUAGUGUCCGACCUUGGAAGGAUCGACUUCCUCUUCAACUGCGCCGGCAUCAACCCAACGACGCUGGCCAUCACCGAAACCACAGACGAGUACUUCGACAAGCUGGUCAACACCAACUUGCGCGGCCCUUACAACAUGACUCGCACCUGUGUCCCCCAUCUCAAAUCGGGUGCUGCUAUUGUCAACGUUGCCAGCAUAUCCGGCUCGCGGGCGACCAGUGGGUGGUCCAUCUACUGCGCCACCAAGUUUGGCAUCAUUGGCUUCACCAAGGCGAUGGCACUUGAGCUGGGACCAAAGGGGAUUCGAGUCAACUAUGUGGCUCCCGGUAUCAUUGACACGCCGACGAUGGCUGGCAACGUUGCUGGCGGGGACGCGAACGACAAGCUUGUACAGGACAUUGCCUUGGGUCGUCUUGGCCAGCCCGAAGAGGUUGCAGAAGUGGUGGUCAACCUUUUUGGUUCUACCUUCAUGAAAGGUAGUAUGGUUGAAGUUCACGGUCGGAUAGGUUGA